UUUUAAAUUUUUUAGUAGUCAUUUCUCUUUGCUUGCUUUGCCUGCCAUGAAUAUGAACAUUAUUAUUUUCUAGUCUUUGUAGCUGAAAAAAAUCCCUGUGAUCCACCCAGUUAUGGCUAGUACCCGGGUUUCUGGAAAUGAAGAAAGGAUUAAAUAUGUACAGGGAGAUCUUUUUACUUGUUCAGAAACAGAUUCCUUGGCUCACUGUAUUAGUGAGGAUUGNAUUAUACUUACUAUACAAUUAUUCAGUUACAAGAAGACUGGAGAUGUGGCUGUUCUGAAGAGGGAAACUAGAUACGUAUACUACUUGAUCUCAAAGAACAAAUAUUUUCAUAAACCUACAUAUGACAAUUUACGGAAGAGUUUAGAAGCUAUGAAAAUCCAUUGUCUGAAAAAUGCAGUAAUUCACGUUUCUAUGCCAAAGAUUGGUUGUGGACUUGACCGUCUGGACUGGAAGAAAGUUUCAACAAUGCUUGAAGAAGUAUUUGAAGAUACCAAUAUUCAUAUUACAGUUUAUACUCUUUAAUUUCUAAUAUAAUUGUCUGUUCGGUUUGAUGUUAUAUCGUUGUAUCUUAGCUGGCAUGUGUUGAUAAAAAUAUCUUAAUUCUAGUUUCCACAAUUCUUUAAGUCAUCUGCUUACUCCAAUUUAAAAAAAAAGUCAAAAUGUACAUUCUAAUGUUUGGAUACUUUGUAUAUCUAUCUCCUAUUUAGCAAUUGGAAGAUGUUAUUUUUGAUCUACAUUGGCAAUCAUGGAAAAGAUUGGAAUAAGGUAGAAUGUUAUGUUUCAGUUAUAGAUUUAAAUGUUUACCAAAAAAAUCAGAUGUUCACAUAUGUAAAUAAAAGACCUUUUCCAAA